ACCAGCCCCGCCCUGGCAGGAGCAGACGGCGCAGACCAGCCAGGCUGCGGCGCGCGUCGGAAAGGCUCCUGGGGAAGUCCCACGACCCGGGGACUUGGGAAAGGAGAGAGCGAGCAGCCCCCGCGCGCGCCAAGUCUCCAAGUGAGCGCUCAGCUCCGGAUCCGCGUCGGCCGCCUUCCCACCCCUCGGACCCGCGCCUCCCCGGGCGCCCGCCGGCUCCCGCGAUGAACCCGGCGCUGGACAACCAGACCGAUGUGGCAGGCCUGCUCCUGGCCAACAGCAGCGAGGCGCUGGAGCGCGCCGUGCGCUGCUGCACCCAGGCGUCGGUGGUGACCGACGACGGCUUCGCCGAGGGCGGCCCGGACGAGCGCAGCCUGUACAUCAUGCGCGUGGUGCAGAUCGCGGUCAUGUGCGUGCUCUCCCUGACCGUGGUCUUCGGCAUCUUCUUCCUCGGCUGCAACCUCCUCAUCAAGUCCGAGGGCAUGAUCAACUUCCUGGUGAAAGACCGGAGACCGUCUAAAGAGGUGGAAGCGGUGGUCGUGGGGCCCUACUGACCGGCCCUCCCGCCGCCGCGGCAGCCGCCCCAACGCCAACCUACUUAGCCUGCCGGGCCGCGCCCCCUCAUCAUCCGAGACCGGGCGAAGCAAACCUGUCGGAGUCAAUCAUUUCUCUCGACUUUUGCCUUUCGGGAUGAAGCGACCCGUUUCUCGCUCGCCCUCUGAAAGUCCCCAUUCCUGGCAGUAGGAGGAGAGGGCCCCGACUGGACUCAGCAGCAAGUGGCAAGAAGAGGGCAAUUAGGGCGCAGAACUUUGGAAGCUGCCGCCGGCGUGGAUGCGGGGAGACCGAUCCGGCGACGGCCCUUCUCCACCCGCAGGUGGGCCACGCUCUCGGGGCAGGUGGAGCGGGCGGGCAGGGGAGAGACCCAGCGGCACCAAUUGCCUGGUGGCCCGAAAAGUGACCGGUGUACACGCCACGCAACAGAACUAAGGCGGACACAGAAAUCAGUGUCCGGAUUCGCGCCCAUUAUCUCCCGCUCCUCCCAGCCCUGGCGCGAGAGACUAUAAAUACCUUUGAUUGAUUGUAACUGUGCUGUUUUAAGGGAUUUUGUGUUUGUUUGCUUGAAUACACAUAUUUGAUAAGUCCUUUGCUGCCCUAGUGGCCUAUUUGCCUGCCUGGGGUUAGAGUUUUGU